UUGUUUUCGGUUGGGCUCAGCCUGCAGCCGAGCCUCUGGGCUUACCUUGCGGUCCUGCCUGUGGAGGUGCAGCCUUUGGCGUUUACCUGGAGCAGGGUUCUGGGAAGAUGAAGAUGUGGGUUCCUGUUCGUAGCGCCUGAUGCUGGCAGCUCCGUUUCCAGAUUGUUGAUUAGAGUGCUCUGUAUGAUACUGUUCCCAUUCAAUCCAGCGUGGUGCUAUGUGCUUGCCCGUCUCCAUCAAUGGUGAGGUCUCAGACAGAGUCCGGCUCAGCCCCUGGCAUUCCUAGUGGUGUCAGCAGGCAGGGACCCACCAUGGAUGGCACCACAGCUGAAGCUCGGCCAAGUACCAACCCUUUGCAGCAUCCUGCCCAGCCACCACCACAGCCUCGAAAGAAACGGCCUGAAGAUUUCAAAUUUGGGAAGAUUCUUGGCGAAGGCUCUUUUUCGACAGUUGUCCUGGCCCGAGAACUGACAACCUCAAGAGAAUAUGCUAUUAAAAUUCUGGAGAAACGUCAUAUUAUAAAAGAGAACAAAGUCCCAUAUGUAACCAGAGAGCGAGAUGUGAUGUCACGCCUAGAUCACCCCUUCUUUGUGAAACUUUACUUCACAUUUCAGGAUGAUGAAAAGCUGUAUUUUGGCCUUAGUUAUGCCAAAAACGGAGAGCUACUUAAAUACAUCCGCAAAAUCGGUUCAUUCGAUGAGACCUGUACCCGGUUUUACACAGCUGAGAUUGUGUCUGCUCUAGAGUACUUGCAUGGGAAAGGCAUCAUUCACAGGGACCUUAAACCAGAAAACAUUUUGUUAAAUGAAGACAUGCACAUCCAAAUCACAGAUUUUGGAACAGCAAAAGUACUAUCCCCAGAGAGCAAACAAGCCAGGGCCAAUUCAUUUGUAGGAACAGCGCAGUAUGUUUCUCCAGAGCUGCUCACAGAGAAGUCGGCCUGUAAGAGUUCAGACCUUUGGGCUCUUGGAUGUAUAAUCUACCAGCUUGUGGCAGGACUCCCACCGUUCAGAGCCGGAAAUGAAUAUCUUAUAUUUCAGAAGAUCAUUAAGCUGGAAUAUGAUUUCCCAGAAAAAUUCUUCCCUAAGGCAAGGGACCUUGUGGAAAAACUCUUGGUUUUAGAUGCUACCAAGCGGUUAGGCUGUGAAGAAAUGGAAGGGUACGAGCCUCUCAAAGCUCAUCCAUUCUUUGAGUCCAUCACAUGGGAGAAUCUGCACCAGCAGACGCCUCCGAAGCUCACAGCUUACUUGCCAGCCAUGUCUGAGGACGAUGAGGACUGCUAUGGCAAUUACGACAAUCUCCUGAGCCAGUUUGGCUGCAUGCAGGUAUCCUCCUCCUCCUCCUCCCACUCCUUGUCUGCGGUGGAUGCUGGGCUACCCCACAGAUCAGGCAGCAACAUUGAGCAGUACAUCCAUGAUUUGGACACUAACUCUUUUGAACUGGACUUACAGUUUUCUGAAGAGGAAAAAAGGUUGUUAUUGGAAAAGCAAGCCGGUGGAAACCCUUGGCACCAAUUUGUAGAAAAUAACCUAAUACUAAAAAUGGGCCCAGUGGAUAAGCGAAAGGGUUUAUUUGCACGACGACGACAAUUAUUGCUCACAGAAGGGCCACAUUUAUAUUAUGUUGAUCCUGUCAACAAAGUCCUGAAAGGUGAAAUUCCAUGGUCACAAGAACUCCGACCAGAGGCCAAGAAUUUUAAAACUUUCUUUGUCCACACGCCUAACAGGACGUAUUACCUGAUGGAUCCAAGCGGGAAUGCUCACAAGUGGUGCAGAAAAAUUCAAGAGGUUUGGAGGCAGCGGUACCAGAGCCACCCAGAUGCCGCUGUGCAGUGACAUGGCCUGCGGCCGGGCUGCCCUUUGCUGCCAGGAAAUCCCCAGCGCGGCUCGGCCGCCACCCAGGACGCUUCCAGACCACCUGACAGCCAUCUCAAGGAGAAUGCAGAUGGUGGAAACCUUGCAGCUUUUUUAUUUAAAAGAAAAGAAGAAAAAAAAACCCAAACCACACAAAGAACAAAACAAAUAACCAACAAACAGGAAUUCAGGGUUGCUUUGCUUGCUUUCUGUGCUCUGUGGUGGCUUCCACAUGCUGCUGUGGCUGUGGAGGCCCAGCUCCGUGCACGGCAGCCCAGCUCCCACCCCGACCAGUGGCCAGAUUUGGCUCACCAGCCCCUCCUAGCUUCCACAGGAACUGCACGCUUGCUUCUACACCCCCUCACCUGAUACACACAGCUCCUGAUGUGGCCAAGGGAAUGGGUGUGUCUUUGGCUCUUUCAGUUCCCCCCCCAGUGUCACAGAACCUUUCACCAAGGAGCUUCUUCACACCUCUGAUGGGGUGGCCACCAGCUUGAUGUAGGUACAGGGCUCUUAGCUUGUGCAUGUACUCACUUCCUCAAGUCAUGUGGCCCUGGAGACGUGAUUAGGCCCCUGACAUGCCUCCUUGUGUGACUGGUCCAGGAUUUCUGUGGUCUCUGCCUUACAGCAGGCAGGUUGUGUGGUGAGGAGUAUGCAGGCUACUAUAGUUACAGCAUCCUCUUUGGACUCUGCUCCUGUGUUCAAUCUCCUGGUGGUCCAUCUGGGGAGUUGGACAACCAAGCCAAGCAUAUGUCCAGGACGGGUGCUGUCAGACGAGAGCCUAGGUAGUACCAACUGGAUCAUUGCCUGGUACAGAAUACUGCCCUGAACCUGGCCAAGGCCCAGAGGUACUGUGGAGAAUCCAACCCUAGCAGCAUGGACCACAGCCCUCAUGUGGAGGAGUGGGACAGCAGGCUUUCCUGGGAGUCUCUGGAACAUGCCCUGUGAGAUAGGGUCUCAGAGGAUCCUGGUAUAGGCAGCCCCAGGGUGUGCCAACCUCCUGCCCAGCCUCACAUGCACCUGUUUGUGCUGUGGGUAAACAGUUCUCAGCUAGCUCAGUUCUUACAUCCCUGUGUUGAAAAUCUAAAAGCCUUCUCAUGUUGCUUAGUCACCUGGUACUGUAAAGGGUGGACUUUGCCUGGAAAGAAUGUUACCUCUGUCUGACACACAGGAAUAUCCCACUUAAACCUGAACCUGUCUGCUCUGGCAUUCUGUGCCAGUGUUAGGUCACUUCCUCUGAAGAUCAGGUGACAGUGCUCUGCUCUGUAAUACAGAUGGCCUGGGGCAUUUCAUUCCCUUUCUUGCUUUGUUACUCUCAAGCAGAGUGUUCCUGAGGGACUUGACUAUAUAUACUCUCUCUGCCUUGGUGGUUCUUGGAGGGUGGCCUUGGUCCUUAGCCAGGAGAAGUAGGUACCUGCCUUCACAGUUUGCUCACAAGUGACACCUCUGACUUCCAUGUCCAUAAGGCAGAACAAUUUUGCUAUUUCUGUUGACUUUCACAAAGGCACCAGCAAAAGGCCCACGCAGAGACGGUUCCCCCAGUUCAGUCUACAGUAACUGUCUGUGGGCCGGGCCAUCUAAACUAAGAGGAAAAAUUUCUUCUCAGACUUUUAACAGUAACAGUAAGAGUGGUUCUUUUAAAACUGGUGUGGAGUACAGACAGAAGGCCUGCCAUCAUGCCAGGGCAGGGGUGCUGGAUGGGAGCAGAGGUAUUCUUCAGAUGUUGCCAGAUCAUGUGGUAAGAGUUUCUGGUGAUCAAGGAGCAGGUAUCAGGACCUCACCUACCCUUAGGGCCCAGGGAGUGAACAUGACCCAGCAUGCAGCCCCAGCCUGUGAGUGAAGAUGGGUCCCCCUGUCUCCUAGCUUCUGAAGAGGCUUGCUUGUGUUGGCUGAAUCGCAAUUAGUUUCCUCCUUGGAGUUCCUAUUCAUGCUCAAUCUCCCUGGCUAUUUAGCCCUUGGAGUAUCCUGUGCCCUGUGUCUAUAUGUGUAAGAGUGACUCCCUGAUGCUCCCAUCCACACAGGCAUAGAUAAGGCAUCUCUCAGGGUACUUGACUAUAGGUGAACAUGUGGAGCUGAAACUUGGCUUUGAAUAAGAGCACCUGGCCAGCUGUGUAAGGGAGAGUCUCCUGUUGCCUCCUCCCCCUGGAGAGUGACACUACCUCCUGGGCUUCACCAAGCACCAUCCUAACCUCCAAAACCACAGGUGUGGGCUCAGUUGAGCUGGCAGUUGGUGGCCAAGAUGACUGCCCAAUGUGGACAAUAGCAGAGCUCUUCCAGGUCACCUUUGUCCUUACUGCUCACUAUUUUUUUUUUUUUUUGCCUUCUUCCAUCCCCCCCUUAAAGGGCCAUGCACAUUGUUUGCUUACCCUGACUUCGAUCACUUUCAGUUUUUUCCAACCAUCCUUAGAGUUGUCACCUAGUAUGCAGGUGCCUUACAUUGUAGGAUAGGGAUGUGGGUGUCUUUGUACAACAGUAUAUAUGUAGAACAGUAAGUGGGGGAUCUAUCUUAGGUGAAAAAGUGCCCUAUUGUUAGUAACUCUGGAAGUCAAGUGUCCUAAGAAUAGCAAGGAUGAAUAGAAGGUUCAAAGACCAUUCUCUGUGGCUUCUACCACAGGGAAAUAGGCCUGUGGUUGCUAUGUCUCAUAGCCCACUGAGCCCUGUUGCUUCUUGGGAACAGAGAAAGCUGAGCUUGGAUGGGUCAUUUCCACUUGUUUUCUGUAGCUACAGCUGGGCAAUGGGCAUCUUGGUGGAGCUCUGAGCCUCUCUACCCCAAGGAAUGGCACCAUGGCUCAGCUGCCAUUCUGAACCAUGAUCUGUUGUAGGCAGUAAAAGCCACUUUGAGAAAGGUGACUUGUUAGGCCAAAACUGGCAGCAACUUCACCUGCAGCCCUCUUGGGCUACCCUAAUAUUUGUGGUCCAUGCCUGAAGUAACCUUGUAGACCUGUGGCACAGACUCCCAGUGCCAGCAAGGGGCUCUGAGUAAUUAUGUGCUUUCUUAAAAGUAAUGUCUGUUUUCUGGGAAAACAAAAACAAAACAAUGAAAGGCCCACCAUUCAGAGACCACUGUGAGCAUUUUGGUGUAGAUCCUGCUCCCCCAAACUUUUCUUGCUUGGAAUUGAGCUCAGAGACUUGUGAGUACUAGGCAAGUGUUCUACACUGAACUACAUCCCCAACUCUUGUUUGCUUUUUAAACCAAACUGGGAACAUAUGACAUACAUCAUUUUGGAUCUAGCUUUUUUAUUUGAUAUUUUAAGCAUUUCCAUGCCAUGAGCAGUUUUUCAAAAGCAUGUUUUAAAUGAUUGUAGAGUCUAAUGGCUGUAAAUUUUAUAAGUUAUCUGACCAUUUCCCUGUUGUAAAACAUUCAGAUGGUUUUUUUUUAUUAUUAUUUAAGUAAUGCUGUGAUGAAUAUACUUAAAAAGUCUUUGAUUUUUACUCUGAUUUUUUUCCUCUCCAGAUGCCUGCAAGUGGUGUUUUUGGGUCAAAGAAUUUGUUCAUUUCACAUAUAUUCCUCCUCCUUAGUCUGAUGUUUAGAUGCUCUGAGUUCCAGUAACAUCCUCCUUCCUUGUGUCCUACAGAUUUUGAACAAAUCAGUUCUUGCUAAGCUGUGUGUUCUAAAGAGAGUUUGAAUAUGACUGCUUUUUUUUUUUUUUAAUUUUGGAAUGUCAUUACUGCAGAUUCAUUUGUGUCAGAUAUUUCCAAGAGCUAGUUUCCUUAUUUUCAUUGCAAGAAUCUGGUCAUGUUUGCAUGUUAGUUCUUGUCCAUCCUUGCUGCUAUGGCUUCCAAGUGCUUAGUGAUGUUUUCAGAAUCCCGUACUUUGUGUAUACAAUGGUACUGAAUCUGCUUCUACAUAGUCAGCAGAGAUAAAAUGUUGAACUGACCUUGCCACAUGGUUAGUGGUUAAUUCGUAAUUAAGUUUAUAGGACUCGGAAACUACAUUUGGGCCAUUUGAGAUCAGUAGCAAAGCAAAGUAGCAAGCUCUUCUUGAAAAAGAAACCAUGUAGAUGAUUAGGUUUUACAACAGUGCAGUUGUGUGUGUCCUUGCUCUACCCCUUCUCAGGUCUUAGUGUUUCAUGACAGCACAGUGGUCAGGCUUUUUCAUUGAGGACAGGUGUAAACAUCCCUUCACCUCCCUGCCCACAAUGCUGCAGGUUGAUUAUGAUCUUCAAGUCCAGACCACCCACCCAAAUUUGAUUGUAUUGUUUUUCCGUGUUGAGGGGGAGGGCAUUGAUUACAAUUGGAAACAUGUAACAGCAGAGAUUUUUCUGGGCACCAUACUCAGUGUCAGUUGACUCUGCCAUAGUCUAUUGGCUUAAGAUGUGCAGAAUCCCUGCCCUCCUGAUGCCUCAAGGCCCUUCCCCACUGGGUCCGCAGACUCAAGAUGCUCAUUGGUGAGACUUGGGAAGCUGAGGCAGCUGUAUGAUGAUGUUCCAAGGGAUGCUGCCAUACACUUUAUCCAUGUUUCAUUGCAAACUCAACAGAAACUGAUAGUGACUCCAGUGGGUGUAGCUUUUCUUAGGGAGAAUGUAUGACAAGUGCCCUUGAAUCAGUUGGAGCUGGGGCCACUUUCAUAGCGUUCUGAGGCUCUGAAGGGACUGGUGGCUUCAGGCCUAAGACUUCAGGUUGUAAAUCAGACUAUGGAGAAGUGGUCUAAGAAGGAAACUUUCUGUCAAAGAGCACUUUGGCAAAGGUGAGCAAAUGAAUUAACCAGUGUGAAUACCUGAAAUUUCCCUUUAAUUUCUUCCCUAUGAAGAAUACAAACUGUACAGAGUUUUUACAAAAGACAUCCCCCCCAUAUAGCCCACCCUACAAGUAGGUCAUUGUGCAGGUGAAAGCCUCCAUUGUGACCAUAGUUUGAUUGGAUGUUGGCAAAUUAAACUGUCACAGUAUUUAUAGCUGCUGCGGCUGUUCCAUAGCCACAUACAGUAGAAUGAAUCAAUAGUCUGUUGCUAUUGUUCAGGUUCGUGGCAGUCAGUUAGAACAUGUGUAAUACUCUCUACCUGGUCUGUAGCUGUAACUGUGAUGUACAGGCAAAGCAAAAUUUUUUUUAAAACUUAUGAAAACAAAUAAUGCAAUGAUACUAGGAUAUACACUUUUGUAUUUUUAUUCUUAUAUAAGGUUAUUUGCUGGCUAUUGUUGGCCUCUAGUUCAGUCUGUGUUAUUUAAAUUCUAAUAUAUGAAUUAUUUGGGUUGAAUUCAUGUUCGGGGUCACGUUGUUGUAUGUAUUGAUGUACAGCCUUGAAUGUGAAUAAUUAUUGUAAACUAUAUUUUACAACUUUUUUUCUGGCUUUAUUAUAUAAAUUUUCUAUUUGGUCAUGGUUUAAUCAUAUCAUAAUUUAAUGAAACUUUUUUUCUCUUUUUUUCAAAUACCUGUGCUUUAGAUGUAGUUACCGGAUGAUGAAUUUCCCUCGUAUGCUCGGUAGUCUUGUAAUAAAAGCAUGUAGCGUGUACACGUU